AUGCGGCACAUCAACAGCUCCCUCCUUGCGCUGCGCAACGUGGUGCGGGCCCUGCGGACCGCCUCGUCCGUCACGCGCGUGCCGUUUCGCGACAGCACGCUCACCACCAUACUCGAGUCGUUCCUCGUGCCGGGCAGGGAGUCGGCCGUGGCGUGGGUGGUGUGCUGCUCCAGCAGGCAGCACGACUUCCACGAGACGGUCGAGUCGCUGCGUCUGAGCGCCGAAGUGGCCGCCAUCCCGGCGUGCGUGCAGCUGUGUCCGCUCGGGUUCCCCGCCAGCCUCGCAGGCAAAAGCAGCAGUAGCGUUAACAACAGCAAUCAUGGUUUUGAGGCGGCAGGUGGUGAGCGGGCGUCGCACUCCAGGAGCGCGUCGGCGCCGGCGGCAGGAGGCAGGCAACAGCGGUACGACAAGAAACGGAAUGACGUGGCCUCUGGUGCUGUCAUUCACCGUAGAAAUGGAAAGACAACUUCAACAACAACAGUGGAAACAACAGCUCCAGCGGGCCGUUACACUUGCUCUAAUGACGCCGAGGAAGACGGCAAUGAAAGAUAUCGUGGGGGCGGGGAGUUGGAGGCGUACAAGCAAUACGCGCAGCAGCUUCUCGAACAGUGCAACACGCUGUGUGAACGCUAUGAUGAGUGCGUCCAGGAGCUCGCCCGCGCCAAACAGGCGUUGGAUUCACGCGAUGACGAGAUUGCAAGACUUCGGAUGGCGCUAGCCGCCCAGGGCGACCUAAAGCAGCAACAACAACAACAGCAGCAGCAGCAGCAGCAGUAUCAGAUUGCUGCACCCCCGUCUGCGUCCAUGACAGCUGCUACUUGGGCCGCCCCUCCGGCGCCACCUGCUUGGCUGCGAAAGAAGGUUGUGCACUCCACAAGAGACAGCACCGCGUCCGUGCUUUCCUACACCCCUGUCAUCUCGGCGGAGCGGCAGACCGUGGCGGCGGAUGAAGCGGUGGAGAGGACGGAGGAGGAGGUGGCAGCGAUUCGCCUCGUCGAAUCCAUCCUUCAGCGGCACUGCGUGCAACACGACCUGAAGCCUCAGAACAAUGGUAGUAACACCACCACAACCAGCAGCAGCAGCAGCAGUGGCAGUCUGAUGACUGAGCAUGCCGCCCGCACACCGCUUGGAGCCCUGGCAAGCAACGGCGAAAGUAGCGUCGGGUUGCCCACCAACAUGGUCACCACUACUGGUGGCUGCGGCGACGCCACGGAGACGCCGCUGUGCGCAAAAGUGUGCACGUCGGCCAAGGCGAAGGCGCAUGCUCGUCGUGAGCGUCUUGUGUCUUUUGUGUCGCCCAGCAGCCACGGCGCAGUGCCGCUGAUGCAGGUGGAGGAGGAGCUUGACCCAGGGCACAUUGUUCCACCGCCGCCGCUGCGUUCAGCGCUUUGCGCCGUCUCGGCGCCGCCUCAGGGGGGACAGCAGCAGCAGCAGCAGGAUGGGGAAAGAGCGGAGGGCGGAGCGGCAGCUGAGGAAAGCGCGGCAAGGAUUCUGCAGCACCUUCUUUCGCAGAGUGCAGCGUUUAUUGUGACGGCACCGCAGCGCUGUGUGAAGGAGAGAACGUAA